AUGUCGACGAAACGUCCAAUAAACCUGAAACACCGGAAAAAAGAAAAGACAAAGCAUUCGAGCAAUGAUAAGAGUCCAGCGGAAAAGUCGAAUUCGACCGAGAACAAGGAGAAAAAGAAACCGACGGCAGAUAAUACAGACAACGUUGAAAAUGAACCACCAAGCGUGGUUGAAACUCACGAGCAACAAUUAGCGAACAAACAAUCCGAAGUGGAAUCGGCAGACUCGGAUCAAAUGUCCGCAAAACGCAAUCGCAGCCAAAGUAAACAUCCCAAGGGCAGCAAGUCGACUGCAAGUCCAACAAGAAAGGACGAUGAACCGCAGGAAACUGCCGUCGAAGAUGAUCCGGUACCGACUGUGGCUCAGCCGAAUGUUGAACAAAAUGCUGAACACCGUGCAAUCGAGUGCAAGCAAGAAAAAGUAGGGUCCGAAGGGAUGCCCAAGCUGCCAAAGCUAAAAGUAGUGCUGGGACCCAAUGCGCACGCAAUGGUUGUUAUACCGAGCGAUGCAAUAAAUACAACAAAGUCACCAUUGAAAGAAAUGCCAGAGUUGAAACGCAUAUUGAAACGUCGCAAAUCGAUGAUGCCGACGGCGAGUAAACCGCUAGUCGAUAAGUUGGAACUCUUUGGUGGUGUCAGCCUCAAUUACGAGGAUCUCGUCGACCAUCGACGAGAACAGCAACAGCUCAAUGCUAGUGACGAGGUGACGGCUGAGAAAAUUGAAGUUGCGCAGUCCUCGCAGCAACGUGUCAAUAGAAAUUUGGCCAACAUGUUCGAAAAGACCAGCGACAAUUGCAGCAUCUCAACGCAAAAUAUUUUGGCCGGCAAGCGGCGAUCGCGCCUGAACGAGCUAACGCUGAACGAGACACAGCUCAGCCGGAAUGUCUUCAAUCCGCGGACAAUCAGGCCAAAAAGAGACUCCUCAAAGGCUGCGGCAAAUGCUGAUUCGCCCAAACGCAAAAGGGGGCGACCCCGCAAAGACCCUGACGAGUCUCCAGACAAGGCAGUAAAUCAGCCAGCGGCAAAGGCCGCAGUUCCACCAGCGCUUGCAAGUGAUGCUGAGAAUCUGCUCCCACCACCGCCCAAGAAGAAAUCCAAACGCAGUGAACUGGAAAAGCUCAACGAUGACAUUGCCCAAAUGUAUUAUGCAAACGAUGUGAUUCACGCCACCGGACGUCGGGCAUGCUCCGCUCAACGACGCGGGAGCAGCACAAGUAGCAGUAUUAGUAACAGCACCAGCGCUGAGUUUGCACCGUAUAUACGUAAUGUGGCGCGUCGCGGACGUCACUAUGAGGCUGGUCGGGGCUUUAAUCGUGCUGCAUUUAAGGCACAACAGGUUUUGCGUCGUAAGACAAACAAGAAACUCCGAGUGCGUGUUGCACGUUGUGCUCAACUAGAGCAAAUGCUCAAGGAGUCGAAGAAAGAAAACAACUCAGCUCGUACGAAGAAUGCGACGUGUCUGGUGAAGAACGUCAAUCCCGAAUGGCAUUCACAGUCAUCGGCCGUCACCAGUUGUGUAAUUUGUGCCCAGGAAGUUAGAUUCGCAAUGUCGCAUUAUGUUCAACAUCACGGCGAGUUCUACGGUGCUCGUUUGCCACCUAACGAGCUGGAGAACUUGCGAGCCGGGAAGCUCACGCGUCCAAUCUACCGCACAAGCGGAUCGCUUCCCAAAUAUAAUCAUGUGUGUGUCUUUUGCCAGAAGCAGCUGGAGAUAGCGAACACAAGUUGGGUUGAACAUUAUGCGCGUCACACCGGCGAAUUUAAAUUUCAGUGUUCGAGCUGUAAAAGUCCCCGGUAUCGUCAACAUGAGGGGGAUCAACAUGUGUUGAAAUGUAAACCCGGAGCGCGCUUAAUAACUCUACCGUCCUAUCGACGGACUGCACCGGUAGUGAUCUAUGUAUGUCGCCUUUGCAACUUUUGCCAACUGAGCCAGCAAAAUUUGAAGAAGCAUCUGCAAGUUCAUCAUGAGAUCUCCGAGCCCACGCAGAUGGAUCUCAAUCAGCAGCUCACUAUCUAUACUACCGAAAAUGUGCCCGCGGCCAAUUCAAAAGCGGCAGCCAAGCGCUUGAUUGCACGUCACAAGAGUGAGAUGGCGAAGCUUAAUAAAAAGAAACAGUCGCCAACAUCCAAGACGAAUCCAAAAGUGCGCACGAAGCCUAUCAGAAAGAAGGCCAAGACGGAGCCCCCUGAGCAAGCCAACAGUCAGCCAGUGACUGAGCCUCAAAAAGAAUCGAUGGGCAGUGUCACCCUAGGCAUGCCGCCAACUCGGCCGGACGAGGAGCAGCUGCUGGUAAUCAAUGAGUGCAAGCUGGAACAAAGUGAUUAUCUACAGAGCUCUUCGCAGGCUGAGCGAGUUAAAGACACUACGAUGCCUCCUGCAGAGGCAGAGGAAUUAUUGGCUAAUGUGAGCGUUGCGGAAAAAGAUCCAUUAUCAACAGCUGAAGAGUUAAUACGGAACGUAGAGCAAGAGGAAGUACCGGAAGUAGCUCAACAACCGGAGCCCGAAAAGGAAGUAGAGCAACCGCAGCAAGUGGAACAGCAAGUAGAGCAACAACCGCAAGUCGCAAUAGAACAGGCAGAUGAGGAAAUGUCAGAGUCGCAACCGGACGCAAACCAAGACUUGGAUCAACAACAGACGUCUGAACAGAACAUAGAGCAACAGCAGGUGUUAGGCGUGGACGUGGACAUGGGCGUGGAACAGGAACCGCAUGUGGAGGAACAGAAGGAAAAUGAAUUGGAGCCAGAUGAAGAGGAAGAACUGACGUCGGAACAAAGGCGUAAGGGUUCCUGCAGCAGCAACAAGUCACUAUUCCGCAACUUUAACAAGUUUUGCAAUAAGUUGAAGAGUCGUGGAAGUCGCUCCUCUACGUCGAGCAGCACCAAUAGCAUCGGAAGUGCUAGCAGCAGUAACGUCAAGGGCAAACCCUCAAAUUCACCCGACCACAGCUCCCUCGAGUGCGAAGUUCCGGAACUAAAUUCCCAACCUGAAGUGAUAGUCGACCUGCCAUCAGCGCCUACGGUAUCGCCAUCUGAAACCGAAAUAAUCCCCAUACAGUAUAUGAUUUGUGUGCAGAAUGUUGCAUUCCGUUUGCGAGGCUCACCGACCCUGAAGCCUGCAUAUUAUUGCCGAGUUCCAGACUGCUUGUUUCUCUUCUCGAAUGAGAUAGAAGGUCUGGAAAAUCAUUUUACACGCAGUCAUCCGUCGCUGCGUUGGAACGGCAGCUGUACUGAGUGCAGUCUACCCGUCAAGGAAGUGCCCGAUAAUUUGAGCAUUCGCGAGGAGCUGCAGCAUAUGGCGUUAGUGCAUGUGGCUGAAAUUGUGGCGCCUAAGCCACCGGAGCCAGCUGUUGAAGUUGCGCCACCAGAACCUGUGCUGCCCAAGCUGCGUGUGCGUCGUUUCACAGGAGAUCGUUUAGUCCCAGAGGCCGAGCAAGCAAUUGGAAUCGAAUCGGAAGCUGUGCCCCGAGAACCCGUUGACGAGAAUACAACGCUUAGGAGUUUGUUACUCGCCCAAUCGCGUCCGCCAAGUCACCAGCAACAGCAGCUGAACGCCGCCGGUGUCGGAGAGUUUCUGUGCGCCAAGACACCGCCAACGACUGUGGAUGUGCCCGAUGUUAUAAAUCGCGACUCGGAAUUGGGACUCCAAAUCAAUCAUGUAUAUAGUCUCGCUGAUUCAUCCAUUCCUCUCAUAACGGGCGAGACGGUGCCUUUGCCUGUCGCCACCAAUGAUGACUACGUGAUUACCCAGAGCCUUACCCAAAACUAUGAGGGUCCCAUUCCGGCGGAGAUCAACAUUUCUAUUGAACACCGACCGACAAGUUCACCACCAAGGAAAGAUCGCACACAAAUCGCUGGCAACCGAUUCCGUUGUAUGGCGCCAAAUUGCAAUUACUGCUCCCACACAGUUAUGUGCAUACGGGAGCACAUGAAGUUCCACAGCUUCAGUUUCGGACCGAAGGACUAUCUGCAGUGCUCUUAUUGCACUCAUGUCGGCAAGGAUGUCGACGAAUAUGUUCAGCAUGGUGUUCUCCAGCACGGUUUGGCCAGUCGCGAGGAGCUGCAGGAACCCAAUUUGUCCACCUCUGUGGCACUAAGUCAACGCAUACGAGAUGUGCUCAAGGAACGACGUGCUCCAUUGGCACUCAGCACAAGCGCAGCAACCGCGAGCGACACUAAUCAAACGAUUAUUCUAACAACGCUAGAUGAAGUAACGACGAAUGCGGCGGAAGCAAACAACAAUACGUCCAUCUGUGCUAUAAUCGACGAGCUACUUAAGGACACAGGAUUUACCGACGACAGACUUUAUGCGUGUCCCUUUAAGGGAUGCAAUGUCAAUCUGACCGAGGAGGCAUUUGUCAACCAUGUGCGUUACCACAAGAGCAGCAAUCCAAACGCAGGUCCAUUGAUCUGCAAAUUCUGCAGCCAGAUGUUCGAGAAACCCAUAGCACUGCGAUCCCAUCUGCAGCACAUGCAUCACCGUCACGAAUACUUUUGCAGCAUUUGCCUGGAGACGACCGUGGAUCAACGUUUAAUGCUACAACACGUGCGUGCCGUGCACAAUUCGGAAUUCCAGAAGCUAAACUGUCAGCAACACUUCCUCGACCUCACGGCCGCAUUCGAUGGGGUUGCAAUGCCCAAGUGUUGGGUUAGCGCCAUGGAGCAACCGUUUGCUCAGAAGCAAAUGGAGGAUUUCCUGAGCCGUUUGAUCGAGGAGUUGCGUUUGCGACGAACUAACAACAAAUUGAUCUACAGGCCGAGUGAAAUGCAUCUGAUUGCCAAGACACACGGUGGUGGCCAAGGACAGUUGCAUUGUGGGGAAUGCCAGCAUUUAACCUAUUCCAAGGAUCUCUAUAAUCAUCUGCUGCAGCAUAGGGAGUUAGCGGUACGUUUAGCGUAUCCCCCCGAAGAAGCGAUACCGGAUGUUCGCCAACCCAACCAACAGGAGCUCGUCACCACAGUCGAGGCAUCGACAUCAGCCCAAAGCGUAGCUCAGCCAAAUGCCGGCGAGGUUGAGUUGCCUAUUGCGCCGGUAGCUGGAAAACAAAUGGUGGUCACGCCACGCUUUCACUUUGUGCGCAAGGAGGUGCGCUACAAGUGCGGUGUACCCGACUGUGGCCAGCAUUUCGACACAGAGAUGGGGUUGAGCCAGCAUCUGAGCACUCAACACAGCUAUGGAGAUUGCUUUAAGUGUCCGCAUUGUCGCUAUGAGGAUCAUCUACUAAUACUGGAGAAGGUGCUAGAACAUUUGAAGUAUCAUAAGCGAUACGUUUAUCAAUGCGGUGCGUGCAGCUCGUUUGCGCCGAAACGCUCCCUAAUCGAUCGCCAUAUUCACAUCAAGCAUGCCUCAAAGUUGGGCGCUGAUGUCGAUGUGAUUAUCCAUAAGCGUGAUGAUUUGACAAUGCACACCAAGCUAGCGGGAGUUCGUUGGUUCAAGUCGCUGAAUCUGCCGCACACUUCGACCGAUGAAUGGUUCUGUAAUCUAUGCCACGCUGUGCUCGCCACCGAGCAACAGAUGAUUGGACACACGGCGGUGGCACACCAGCGUAUGUAUCAGUACUGCUGUCCGUAUUGCGAUUUCGGCUACAAGGAUCUCACGAGAAUCAUCAAUCACAUACGUCGUAGCCAUGCCAGCAAACGCAUCCAACCGCUGCAAUGUUAUCUGCGCAUUAAGUGCAAAAAUCGCCAAACACUCGGUUUUAUUUGCAACACAUGCUAUGAGCCGACCAACAGCUUACACAAGAUGGGCAAUCACUGUCUGCAGGUUCAUUUGAAUCGCUUUCAGUACAAGUGUCGCCACUGUGACUUUGGACACACUCAGUAUCGCCCUGUCGCCGUUCAUAUGACGCAGGAACAUCCCGGAUUGCCAGGUCUACCCAUUCAGCAGUUCGAUCGCUUGUCCAAUGACAUGCCCGACGAUGACUUUUGGAACAUGGCCCAAAUAUUUUCGUCAAAGGGUCACGUUGAGCCACCUGAGGCAAUCGCUUCCAAUAACCAUGCGCAGGCCAUUCAGAUCUUUGAACCCAUCGAGUUGUCGUCGGAUGAAGAGGAUGACCAAACGAAUAACGCUGCGUCUGCUCAGAAGCAGUACGAGUUCGCGUGCUCGCAUUGCACGGAGACGCGUCACAACAUUGACGAACUGAGAUCGCAACACUGGGCGAUCAAGCAUCCCGAGCAUCCCUUCUACUUCUGUGUGCAACCACAGCUGUGCUGUCCGGUAUGCUACGGCUUCAAGGGGAGUGCCAAGGCACUGCUAGAGGAGCACUUGCCGAAUGUCCAUCAUCGCCGCACGUUGGUGGCCUGUGAUGUGCGUCAAAUGCGUGAAUGCGGCUACUGCGACAAGACGUACAAAGAGUGGCCAGAGUUGGUGCAACACAUGACAGUCGAGGCGCAUCUGGCCAACGAUCUAAAGAAUCUAACAGAUGGCGAACUCAACGAACUGAUCGAAAUGGGAAGUACCGAGAACGAGUAUUAUCAAUGUAAUCUGUGUCGGGUGUUGAUGCCAUCGAGUGUGGCAAUUGCGCAACACGGAACCGUGGAGCAUUCGGAUGCAGAGGAUACAUUUAGCUUUCGACUGGUGAAGAACACGAUUAUCUAUCACUGUUCGUUCUGCAUGUACGCCUCGGUGGAUGAGUUGGAAACGUUGCGUCACAUGCUCGAUCAUUGCAAACGCUUUGGCACCUGCCACUUGUGCGCCGAGCACUUGAACAGCGGAUUCGAUGAGUACAUACAACACUGCUAUUCGAGUCAUCGCGAUCAAGUGGAUAACUUUGAUGUCAUCCAUCCGUAUGAUGACCUGAAAAAGUUCCUUAUGCAGGUGCUGUAUCAAUUUCAAAACGGACUCAUCAUCAGCAAGAGCAGUUUACGUGACACUCGCUUUAGUCACGAACGUGCCAUCCAUCAGCUAUACAACGAGCUACGCAGAAAGGCGGCCAAGCCACCAAUACCGCGAAUGCUUUUCAGUCAGCUGCAGUCACGCAAUGUCACCGCCACGCUGCAGUUAAACACAACGACGACGUCGACACCGACAACGAUGCCUCGGAUUCAGCAACGUCGCAAGACAUUGAAUCCUAACGAUAUGCAGCAGUUGUUCACACAACAACAACAGCAACAACAGUUGGCGGUGCGUCCCAUCAACAAACCCAACGUAAUCUGGCACACAUCGUUUACUGGAAAAUCAGCAACUCCUUCCCAGCAGCAGCAGCAGCAAAUCCAAAUCCUGCCGAAUUCCUCGAUUGCCGUCGCUCCCCCCCCCCAAGCCGCUGCCCAUUCUGCAACGCAUCGCCAAGCGACGCAACACUUAUGUGGACCCCGGACAAAUGUUUUUAGCCAAACGUCCUUGUUUGCAAUAGACAGUAUAAAACCUUUUUAAGCAAACGUCCUUGUUUGCAUUAGACAUGAACUUUAAACCGGAUUAGACCUGAAACCAUCGCCACAUGGAUCAACAUUGUCAUAGUUCAUAAAACACACUAUAUUUUUUUUUUAAGAGUUGACACACACUCUUGUUAAUACGUAAUAGGUAUUUAAUAUCGUAUUUAUAAGUGAAGUGAUAUAUGCUCAAUUAAUAUGUUAUACAUUACACAACAAAUGGUGUAGAUUAUAGAUUUGUUCGGCAGUUUAAAACCCUGAUGGAACAAUGGAAUAAGUUCUAUUAUUAUUAUGACGAGCAUACUUUGUCGUUUUUUAAUAUGUCUUGUCUAUAUAUAAUGUUAUGCAUAAUACAUCUAUGUUACAUAUAGACAAGACACACUUAAAACUCACAAAGUU